AUGGGGAAUGGAGAUGCCUCAUCAACAAAGCCCCCGGUGGUUCUUUUCGGCUAUGACUCGUCGCCUUUCACCACCAAGGUCAAAUUGGCUCUCAGGCUGAAACAAAUACCAUACACUUUUGUUGUGGUGCCAUCAAUGAUGCCACGCCCGGUCCUGAAGGAUAAUUUCAACGUCACUUAUAGAAAGAUUCCGGUUUUGGCCAUUGGACGAGAGAUCUACAUCGACACCUCAUUGAUUCUCGAAGCCCUUGAAAGUCAGUUCCCUUCGGCACAGGGCUAUGGAACACUCUACCCGUCCUCCUCAGCCGCCUUUCGACCCCUGCUUCGCGGUUUUGCCUCAUAUUGGACCGACCGCCCCCUUUUCCGCGUAACCACAGGGCUGAUACCCCCGAGUGUCUGGCGGACGCACUUCGGAGUCGACCGGUCCAAUCUGAUCGGCCACAAACUCGACGUGGAGAAACUGGGGAGGAAAGUCCCCGAGAAUCUCAGCGGUCUGGAUUUGCAGCUGAGCUUGUUGGAGCCACUGGUCUCUGGCACGCAGGCCAAACCAUGGAUCUUCGGGGCCGAUACGCCAAGCGUUGCGGACCUCGCGCUUUGGUAUCAGCUCGAUUGGGGGGAGAAGAUCAGUCGCGGAGAAGGAAUCGAGAAUCUGACCGGCGGAGGCACGAGUGAUGGCGAUGGAGAGGGAAUGGGGGCCGUGUUCAAUCGAGACCGGUAUCCUGGAAUCUUUGCUUGGUUCGAGCGCUUCAAAGCACAUGUUGAUGGGCUGCCGAGCGUGGAGACAAAGAUCGAAAGGGACGACGCUCCGUCUGUGGCGAGAGUGAUGCAGCAAUUGAAGCAGACACCGCUGUUGAAGGAGAUCCCACUACUUGCGACCCCGGCUGGUCCGCACUACGACCUUGAUAGACGCAAUGGUCUUGUGGCAGGAGCGCAAGUGACCAUCGCCCCAGAUGACACUGGAAGGGAUAGUCCCACUGUAGGGACCCUCGUAGCUCUCACGCCGGAAGAGGCCGUCAUCACACCUCAAAGCGCAAGCGAUGGUACCGGUCCGGCUGUUGGAGAGGUGAGGAUCCACUUUCCCCGUAUCGGGUUUGUGAUACGGACCGCUGUACAGUCAAGACUCUGA